CGUGUCUGUAACUGAAGGUCAAACUACACCUCAAAACGACGCCACCACCACCACCGCCACCGUAGCCACCGCAACGAAACGACACUGUUUUCCUCGCCGGCGAACUCUACCGCCGCUGCCAUGUCCUUCCUUUUCGUUUGCUGAUUCCCGAUCGCUCUCCGCCUUACUCCUUGGUCCAUUUCUCCGGUGACGGCGGGGUAAUCCAGCCUUCUCUCUUUUGCUUCUGAUUUGAUUAUGAAGAGCUACGCUAAGGUUAAUAGCAACAACAGUAGCACCACUAACAAGAGCGCCAACGGCUUUCUUCCGAAUUCAUUGAAAUUUAUUUCGUCCUGUAUUAAAACUGCUUCUUCCGGUGUCCGCUCAGCCAGUGCUACCGUUGCUGCCUCCAUCUCCGGCGAUGCUCACGAUCACAAGGAUCAGGUAUUAUGGGCUGGAUUCGACAGACUUGAGCUCAGUCCAUCCUUCUUCAAACAUGUGCUUUUAGUUGGUUAUACAAAUGGCUUUCAAGUUCUUGACGUUGAAGAUGCUCCCAACGUCAGCGAACUGGUUUCAAGACGGGAUGAUCCAGCCACAUUCUUGCAGAUGCAGCCUCUUCCGGCUGAGUCUGCUGCUGGUCAGGAAGGCUUUGGAGCAUCACACCCAAUUCUUUUGGUUGUCGCAUGUGAUGAGACCCAGAGUUCAGGUCUGAUGCAAAGUGACAGAAAUGGGUUGGUGAGAGAUGGAUAUCCUAAUGGUCAUUCAGAGAACAUUACCCUCUCCCCUACGGCUGUUAGGUUUUACUCAUUAAAAUCUCGCAGUUAUGUUCAUGUUCUGAGAUUUCGCUCAACUGUGUACAUGAUUAGAUGCAGCCCCAAAAUUGUGGCUGUUGGUCUUGCAUCACAAAUUUAUUGCUUUGAUGCUCUCACCCUUGAGAGUAAAUUUAGUGUUCUCACUUAUCCAGUUCCUCAAUUGGGUGGCCAAGGACCAACUGGGGUUAAUAUUGGCUAUGGACCUAUGGCUGUAGGUCCUAGAUGGUUAGCUUAUGCUUCCAACAAUCCUUUGCAGUCCAAUACUGGCCGUUUAAGCCCACAAAGUCCUACACCUCCUGGUGUAAGCCCAUCAACAUCACCUAGCAGUGGAAGUUUGGUGGCCCGAUAUGCCAUGGAAUCUAGUAAGCAUUUGGCUGCUGGGCUAAUUAAUUUGGGUGACAAGGGUUAUAAAACAUUGUCUAAAUACUAUCAAGAGUUUGUACCUGAUGGUUCCAAUUCUCCACUAUCAUCAAAUUCAAGUCGAAAAGUUGGCCGGCUGGCAUCAACAGAAACGGAUGCUGAUGGAAUGGUUGUUGUGAAAGAUUUUGUCUCUAAAGCUGUUGUAUCACAAUUUAAGGCUCACUCAAGUCCAAUUUCUGCACUUUGUUUUGAUCCAAGCGGGACCCUUCUAGUUACUGCCUCAACCCAUGGUAGCAAUAUUAACAUUUUUAGGAUUAUGCCAUCCCGCCUACAAAAUGGAUCUGGUACUCACAGCUAUGAUUGGAGUUCCUCCCAUGUGCACCUGUAUAAGCUUCAUCGUGGCAUGACAUCAGCUGUAAUACAAGAUAUUUGUUUUAGUCACUAUAGUCAAUGGAUAGCUAUUGUCUCUUCCCGGGGAACUUGCCAUAUUUUUGCUCUUUCACCUUUUGGAGGUGAAACUGUUCUUCAAAUGCACAAUUCUUUAGUUGAUGGGCCUAAUCCUUUACCAGCUUCAUCUGUCCCUUGGUGGUCAACUUCAUCUUUUAUCACAAACCAGCAAUCCUUUUCUCCUUCUCCUCCUCCUACUGUCACUCUUUCUGUGGUUAGCAGAAUUAAGAAUUGUAAUUCAGGAUGGCUUAAUACUGUCAGUAUGUCAGCUGUUUCGGCAUCUGGAAAGGUUUCCAUUCCAUCAGGUGCUGUUUCUGCUGUUUUCCAUCGUUGCACACCUCAGAAUCUGCAAUCUCCUCAAUUAGGUUCGAAUACUUUGGAACAUCUAUUGGUGUUUACUCCUUCUGGCCAUGUGAUUCAACAUAAACUGCUUCCACCAAUGGGGGGAGAAUGUGGUGAAACUAUUUCGAGAAGCCCAAAUGCUUCAAUGCAGAUGAAAGAUGAGGAAUUGCGAGUUAAAGUUGAACCUAUUCAAUGGUGGGAUGUUUGCCGAAGAGCUGCUUGGCCAGAGAGAGAGGAAUGCAUAUCUUCUAUUACUCUCAGGAGAAAAGGAACUGCAGAAGCUGUUGAGGAUACAUCCUAUAAACAUGAGCAUCUUGAAGCCCAAGAGUCAGAAAAGCCACGUGACUGUUCUCUCUUAUACCUAUCCAAUUCUGAGGUGCAGAUAAACUCUGGGAGGAUACCUAUCUGGCAGAAAUCCAAGGUACAUUUCUAUACAAUGAGUUUUCCUGGGUCUAAUGAGCCAAGUAGCAUAAAAGAUCACAUGAAUGGGGAGAUUGAGAUAGAGAAAAUACUUACUAAUGAGGUGGAAAUUAAGCGGAAGGAUUUGCUUCCAGUUUUCGACCAUUUUCGUGGGGUACAGUCUGAUUGGCAUGGCAGGAGCCAUGCUGGAGCAAAAAGCUCUAGCCCAAGUUUAGAUUCUCAUAGCGCUGGAAUGAAGUAUUCAGAAGGUGAUAUCAUUUCAGAUGUGUCUUAUGCACCCAUUGCCAAGUCUGUGGGUGACAUUAAGAUGGAAGAGAAGGAUGGAUCGGUUUUGUCCUCGCCAGUUAUGAAAGAGAAGUCUUUCCAAGAAUGGGCUUCGGUUUCUUCUAAACAAUCUAGCACUGGACUUUCCCCAGUUGAAGGCAGUGAUUUUACUAACAGCCCGUCAACGGUAACAAGUUGCUCACUCUCCACCGAUAGAACUAUUUUAAGAGCGGUUCAGUCGUCCAAAUGUGGAGGGGUCAGUGAGGGCUCGAAUACAAGUUCCAACCGUUCUGACUUGAGUAUGAAUAUUCUUGAUGAGGGACCAACGGGUGACUCAUUUGAUUACGAACCAUUCUUUCAAGAAGAAUAUUGUAAAGCGAUGGGUCUUAGUAACUGCCGUGACCCACCAGCUUUAACUGACGACAUAGACAGUAGUGGUAGUCCUCAUUACAGGGAGAAAUGUGAGGAAGAUGGGGACACUGAUGACAUGCUUGGUGGCAUAUUUGCUUUCUCUGAGGAAGGGUAGUAUUUCUUCGCAUGUCAUAGUGUUCUGUAAUAAUCGACUGUUGGAUUUCAAAUGCCUCAGAGAACAGUCUGCUGGUUGUCAUCGUCGUCGUCGUGUUAGAGCGUCUAUCCUAAUUAAUAAAAUUGGGCUUGUUGGAUUUCGAUGAGUACAAUGCUACUGACAGAUAGAAGUGAUAUGUUAUUGAUGGUAGCACUUGUGGGACUGGUACCUAGUUUCCUCAUUUCCUCCCCUUUGAGUUCUGUGUACAUACUGUAAAUUGAAAUUCAUAGCUCAAAUGAUUUGUGGUCAGUGUUCUUACCAAUGCUGUGUAAUAUUAUUAUUCAUUCUUCGAAGAAAAAUGAAAAAAAAAAAAGGGAAUAAAGUGAAAAAAAUGAAUAGUUUA